GCUGCACGGUGAAAGCGGGAGGGGAGGAGGGGGGUGAGGUGGUGCAAGCCUUCCAGGCCGGCGCGCAGGCAGGAGGCGCUCUGUGAGUUCCAGAGCAACAGGCCUACGUCUGAGCUCCAUCCAGCUCAGCCACAGAAUUACACAGUGAGACCCCGACUCAAAAGAAAGACAAAUAAAUGAAGAAGAAGAAAAAUGAAAAAGAAGGAGAAAGAAGAGAAGGGAGGGACACGAGGAGGCUGCUCUGAAGGAUGUGCGGGAGCUUGAUGCCCUGCAGGGGAAUGUCAUUUGUUCACAUACAUAGAACCCAAGAUUGUAUCCAAGGACCACUGUGUGAGGACAGAUGGCUGCAGAGGCUCAAGGGCCCUGGACGCAGUCCCGGUCGCGGAAGGUGUUAAAACAGGACACUGCCCGUGCGGUACUAGGAGCCUGAGCCUGCGGCCUGAGGCAUAUCAGUUCCGUUUUCUCCUGCACGCGGGUUGCUGACGGCUCCCGUUUCCUCCAGAGUUAUUUUCACCUCCUUCCUGUUUGUCUCCGUCAGCCCAGAGAGAUAGAUGGGUCGGGUCGGGCACCAGCCUCAGCACCCCCAGUGGCUGCUCCCCGGAAACCACAUGUCAGAGUGGUGCCCAGAGCUCAUCCCCACUCCCAGGGAGGUGGGGGCCUGAGUGUGGCCUCACCCAGGGGCCUGUGCGGGCCAGCUCCCUCCGGGCAGAGGAUGGGAGCCCCGAAACUUACCUGGUCUCGGGGCGGAGGUUGCAUCUGCUUUUCUGGGGAAGCCUUCAUCUCAGGCCUUUCCUUCCCCGGGCGUCCUUGGAGGCCUGCCUGGCGGGCGCGGGUCACCUGCUGGCUUGCUGGGGCCCAGGCCUUACAGGUCUCACCGGCCGGUUCCGCACAACCUCUGCGCCAGGUUUUUACUAAACAAGAAGAGAAUCAAAGUACGUUUUAGACUGUAGCUGGGAGUGGACACAGGCCACACAAGGCCCUUUCUCGGGAGCCUUCUCCUGCCCUGGGGCUCCAACUCCGGGCCUCAGUUUCCCUGCAAACCCAACCCUCUCUCCCAGUCAAAUUCCUUCUCUGAGUUUAGGAAACAGCCCUUGCGCGGAGAUCUGGGGGGUGGGGUUGUUCCCAGAGAUAGGCGGGGCCUGAGGACCGGCCUAAGCCGGUUUGGCUGUUGGCCAACCCCCAAGGACCCCCAGGCGCUGAGGACCCUGGUCGCCUGACCGCGUAGUAGCUCUCUGUCCUUCCCGGCACCCUGAGCCAUGUGUGUCUGUGGGACGCUGCAUCGAGCGCUGGGCCACGGCCCCCAGCGCUGCCACACGGGGCCCCGAGACCUCCUGGAGGCCCGCCGGCCACUGGCCCACGAGUGUCUGGGAGAAGCUCUGCGCGUGAUGCACCAGGUCAUCUCCAAAUACCCACUCCUGAACACCGUGGAGACCCUCACAGCCGCCGGCACGCUCAUUGCCAAGGUCAAAGCCUUUCAUUAUGAGAGCAACAACGAGGCAGAUAAGAGGGAGUUUGAGAAGGCUCUGGAGACCAUCGCUGUGUCCUUCAGCUGCACCGUGUCUGAGUUUCUUCUGGGCGAAGCGGACAGCAGCACCCUCCUGGCCGUUCCCCCCGGGGACCCCAGCCAGGCCAUGGAGAACCUCUACGGCGCCGGCGAGGGGUCCCCGCCCAGCGUGGACGAGUGCGAGGAAGGCUGCCUGUCCCCCGAGGCGGUGGACAUGCUCCUCCAGCGCUGCGAGGGGGGCGUGGACGCCGCGCUCCAGUACGCGAAGGACAUGGCCAGGUACAUGAAGGACCUCAUCAGCUACCUGGAGAAGCGGACCACUCUGGAGAUGGAAUUCGCCAAAGGCCUGCAGAAGGUUGUGCACAACUGCAGACAGAGCAUCAUGCACGAGCCCCACAUGCCGCUGCUGUCCAUCUACUCACUGGCCCUGGAACAGGACCUGGAGUUCGGCCACGGCAUGGUGCAGGCGGCGGGGACGCUGCAGACCCAGACCUUCGUGCAGCCCCUGACCCUGAGGCGGCUGGAGCAUGAGAGACGCAGGAAGGAGAUCAAAGAGUCCUGGCAUCGCGCGCAGAGGAAGCUGCAAGAGGCAGAGGCCAAUCUUCGCAAGGCCAAGCAGGGCUACAAACAGCGCUGUGAAGACCACGACAAGGCCCGGCUACAGGUGGCCAAAGCCGAGGAGGAACAACAGGGCGGGACGCCAGGCGCAGGGACCACUGCCUCUAAGUCGCUGGACAAGAGGCGGAGGCUGGAGGAAGAGGCCAAAAACAAGGCUGAGGAGGCCAUGGCCACUUACCGCACGUGCGUGGCAGACGCAAAGACACAGAAGCAGGAGCUGGAGGACACGAAGGUGACGGCGCUGCGGCAGAUCCAGGAGGUCAUCAGACAGAGUGAUCAGACCAUCAAGUCGGCCACCAUCUCCUACUACCAGCUGAUGCACAUGCAGACGGCGCCGCUGCCCGUGAACUUCCAGAUGCUGUGCGAGAGCAGCAAGCUGUACGACCCGGGCCAGCAGUACGCGUCGCACGUGCGCCAGCUGCAGCGAGGCGAGGAGCCCGACGUGCGCUACGACUUCGAGCCUCACGUCUCCGCCAACGCGUGGUCCCCGAUCAUGCGGACGCGGAAGGGCAGCUUCAACCCCGGGGAUGCUCCGGCAUCCGACGCCGCCGGCGGUGCCCCCGAGGAAGGUGGCGCCCCCGAGGGGGCUCCCGGCAAGGACCACCGGGGGGGACGUGGGCACCAGGUUCAUAAGUCCUGGCCCAUCAGCAUCGCAGACGCCGAGGUCGGCCUGGACGCCAGCGCAGGGGACUUGAAGAAGUCCGAGCGAACGUCGUCCAGCGGGACCAUGUCGUCCAGCGAGGAGCUGGUGGAGCGGGAGGCUGGCUUGGGGGCCCCCGCCUUCGAGUCAGCUGACCUCAACGGCAUGGACCCCGACUUACCCGUGGCCGUGCCCAGCGGGCCCUUCCGCCACGUGGGGCUGUCCAAGGCCGCCCGCACACACCGGCUCCGCAAGCUGCGCACACCCGCCAAGUGCCGGGAGUGUAACAGCUACGUGUACUUCCAGGGCGCCGAGUGCGAGGAGUGCUGCCUGGCUUGUCACAAGAAGUGCUUGGAGACCCUGGCCAUCCAGUGCGGCCACAAGAAGCUUCAGGGCCGCCUGCAGCUCUUCGGACAGGACUUCAGCCACGCGGCCCGCGGCACCCCCGACGGCGUGCCCUUCCUUGUCAGAAAGUGUGUCUGCGAGAUUGAGCGGCGGGCACUGCACACCAAGGGCAUCUACCGCGUCAACGGCGUGAAAACGCGCGUGGAGAAGCUCUGCCAGGCCUUUGAGAACGGCAAAGAGCUGGUGGAGCUGUCGCAGGCCUCCCCCCACGACAUCAGCAACGUCCUGAAGCUCUACCUGCGGCAGCUGCCGGAGCCGCUCAUCUCCUUUCGCUUCUACCACGAGCUGGUGGGACUAGCCAAGGACAGCCUGAAGGCCGAGGCCGAGGCCAAGGCUGCGAGCCGGGGCCGGCAGGAUGGGGCGGAGAGCGAGGCUGCAACCUUGACCAUGGCGGGCCGCCUGCGUGAGCUCAUGCGGGACCUGCCGGCUGAAAACCGGGCCACGCUGCUGUACCUGCUGAGGCACCUGCGAAGGAUCGUGGAGGUGGAGCAGGAUAAUAAGAUGACCCCUGGGAAUCUGGGCAUCGUUUUUGGGCCCACACUGCUGCGGCCUCGGCCCACCGAGGCCACUGUGUCCCUCUCCUCCCUGGUGGACUACCCCCACCAGGCCCGUGUCAUUGAAACCCUGAUCGUCCACUAUGGCCUGGUCUUUGGGGAGGAGCUGGAGGAGUCACCUGGCAGCCAGGAGGGGGUGCCCCCCCAGUGUGCCCAGCUGGAGACCACUGAAGGCAUUGUCAGCCCCCUGCAGGAGGAGGCAGAGGAUGGAGGCCAAGAAUCCCGAGUGGCGUCCAAUGACUCGGACUCCGAGCUGGAAGAAGCCUCUGACCCCCUGUCUUCCUCCGACGCCAGCGCCCUGCACCGCUUCAGUUUCCUGGAGCAGACGGAGGCAGGCCUGGAGGAAGGUCCCCAGAGCCGCAGUGGCAGUGAGGAGCAGCUGGAGGGUGAGGAGGGAGACCCGGGCCAGCGGCUGUGCGCCUUCAACAGCAACCAGUCCAACAACACAGCACAGGCCCCUCUGCCCGCCAUGCGCCUCCGAGACGGGCAGAUCACGGGUGGCACCAGUCAGGAGCGACGGCCACAGUUCGUCUGACCUGGUGCUGGAGAGCAUUGAUGCCCACUGCCAGCCACUCUGAGGGACACUAAGGGCCCCUUGACUUGGGGAUUUUCCCACAGUGCUGAGAAAGCACCUCAGGGAGCUCAGGGGCCUCGCAGGGAGUGGCCUGACUGACUGGACUUGGCUGGCGUAGGUGCAGCAGCUGGAUUCCCGUGGUCCCCAUCAUUCCAGGGUGCCAGGCGCACCCCUGCCUAGAUGUGUCUGGGGGGGUGUAGCGUUGGGGUUAGAGGCCAGUCAGGAUGCCGUGUAGUGGGUGCAGCCUGGCAUCUGUGUGCGGAGCUGGGGCAGCUCUGGUGUGGAGCCCUGCAGGAGGCUGGGCGGGACAGCCAGGUUGGGAGCGCCCAGUAGGCCUCUCCCAAGGUGCAGUGGAGGACUUUUACCCAUGCACCGUUUUGCUUGGAAUAAAUUUCUUACCCGACUGA